AUGCCACAUCAUGGUGCCUUGUACGUCUUGUGCCUGGCCUACCUGUUCUGCUUUCCAAGGGGAGUCACGGGCCGUGAGAUGGCUGGCAGUGAAGACAACGGCUGGUCCGACAACGGCUCCGGGGCAAGUUCCAGCGCUGCCAUACCGGACGGAGCGACGUCUCUCGCCUUCGUCCUGGACGUUAGCGGUUCGAUGCACCGGCACAUCCAGCAAGUGGCCGACGGUCUGCAGAAGAUACUGAACGCGACGCUUUCACAGGGCGACGCACUCUUCCACAACUACGUGCUGGUUCCUUUCCACGAUCCCGUCGUUGGUCCGACGCUGGUGACCCGCGAGCCGGCCCACUUCGAGCAGCGUCUGCGUGCCCUGACGCUGCGCGGAGGCGGCGACUGCCCCGAAAUGGCACUCACCGCACUGCGCGAGGCGCUGCGACUCUCCCUUCGUGGCGCUCACGUCUACCUCUUCACAGACGCUCGUGCCAAGGACUACCAUCUGCUGGAUGCCGUACUAUCCCUUGUGCAGAGAAAGGAGGCGCAGCUCUCGAUGAACUGA